CCCUUUUGUAUGUGAUUUACUGUCUACUGAAGAUACUAAAAAAAAUACAUUUGGAUGGCCUCAAUAUGAUUUUCCACUUUAAUCAGGUUUAUAAAUAUUUGUGUAUUGCAGUUUUCUUUUCUUUUCUUAUUUAAAUACUAGCAUCGUUAGUUAAAUUUAUUAUAGGGCAGAUGUUGUGGAGCUACUAAAUUUGCAUUAUUGCUCCUUCACAGAAAAAAAGUUAGACUUUGGUUUAUGUUCCUUAGCCUCCUGCAAACAUACUGCAUGAAAAAAUGUGCACAUGUAAGUGAGAGUUAUUGAUCUUCACAUGGUUUCAUAUGGUUGUAAGGGAAGCCAAAAACCCUACUAUUAAUCUGUCUGCACAAAAGAGAGCAUCUGACCACCCUUUUUAGCACAACUUCCUCUACUGUGACUCAGAUACAUUUGAUCAGCUGUUAACUGCAAACAUUCAGCAGUGGCAACAGCGCAGUAUAUGAUCUACAGCUGUAACGACCACACAGAGGGGACAUCUUUCAGGUACCAGUUAAUACCCUGUCAUGGCCUGUGAAAUAGUAUUGCGCUCAUCUGAGAAAUCACAGAAAUAGUUACAGCAUCUUUUUACCCGCACAUGUAAGUCUUGAUGGUGUGAUCCUGAGUGCCAACUCGUGGAUUCUAAUCCACAUAAGCUCGUGAUGCUUUCCUAAAUCCAUCCAAUCUGUUGCGUGUCUAUACUUAACAGCUCCACUCAAUAAAUCUGGGUCAGCAGAAGGUAAAGUCAAGCUACAGUUGCUGUAUGUGGAGAGCAAAUUAACUGCUAUUUUUUUUUUUUUUUAAAAGAGUUGUGUUUAAACCAACAUUUAACCUGGUGUUGUGAGAGCCCGGCUUGGAAGCUACCCUCAUUAUGAAGGAGUAAGAUUUAAGUGGACGAGAGCUCAAAGACGCGAGGAGAUUUGAAGAUUUCACCCAGAAAAUGGAACUCCAGGACCAAACGAUGAGCGAUUGGAGCCAAUACUAUUUACCACCUGCUAGUCUGAACCACCACUUUCUCUUUAGUGAUUUGAAAAGCAGCUGUAUGUGGCCACAGGGUAAAUCAGAUGCAUACUGCAACAUCUGGGCCAAUACUGAACCAACAAGAGUGAAGAGCUGUAGCAGUGGGUCUUUUGCUAUGGAUGCUAGAAUAAGACUGGACAGUUUGAAAUCUGGGUGCAAUCCACCCUUGCCUUACUGUGCCACCAGCAGGAUGUUGCACAAUUAUAGCUGUGAAAAACACUCUUGGGACAGUGAAGAGUUGCAGGAAGAAGAGACUGCUUUGGACCUGGUGGAAAUCCUUGACAUAGCGGAUGAAGAGCAGGAUGAGGAGAGCUGGCUGUACGAGUCUCCAAGGAAGCAUUCGUUUGUAGAGAAAAAGGAAUCUGCUUUUAAAUGGUGUCGACAUGUCCUUGAUAAUCCCAGCCCUGAGAUGGAAGCUGCAUGCCGUGUACUGAUAAAAAUGCUGGAUCAAGGAUCAAGACGUGAGCUCCACAAACGUCCUGCAGUUCCCUAUCAUGCUGCCAGUGUCCCUGUGGGCUCCUCUGUGAAUAAAACCUCUGCCAGCGCAGCAGCCAAUACACCUGACAGUUCAGGUCACAGUGAGCCAAGCAUCUCCCUCGAUGUUGUAACAAAGAGCUACAGGCUACAAGAUGUCCACAUUAUGGCUCAACUGCAGGAAGCCAGUUUGAGGCAGGACUUUGUCUCCAUGCCUUCCACUGCUUCACAGAGGAGAAACCCUGAGCCUCCAGUGAAGCUUCCACCCUCUUUUAACACCACAGAUGAAAACACUGGUUACUCAACUCUAGGAAAUAAAUCCGAAACUUCGUCUUCCAUAUCAGCAGUUAAGGAGUGCUGCCAGAGUCCCAGACCAUCCAUACUUCAUCAACAAGUCACCCAAUUCAAGCUGCUUAAACGUGCCCAGAACCAAGCAGCAGGAUCACCAGGCAGGACGAGGUCGCCCCUGCGUACCAGCCUCCGCUCCCUCCAGGCUGUUAGGAACAGCCGAAGUUUAGACAUCGAUGACUGCCAAUCUGCUGACCAAACAGCUUACCUUCCAUCAGAUCUGUCAUCUGCCAGGGGAGAGGGCUUAAGUUGCUGGUUGCCAUCAUUUUCCCCAGCUUCACUGAACUCUGGCAGCUUGUUGCAGUCGAUGAAAAGCUCAUCAGUCCAGACAGCGGCCGUGAAGAAGAUGAACAGGUCUCACUCUCUCAGCCCCUGCCGGAUCCCUCAGUCUGCUAAAGGAUGCUUGUCUGUCCACAGACGCGUUUUUACCUCACCUGAGAGGUUAACCACUGUAGCUUGGGGCAGAAAUUUGCCUGUUCAGAGAUAAAAGAUUUACCCGAUGCAAUGUAAUUAUUUACUUCUGUGGUUGAUAAGCCUCUGCAAUCUCAUGAAUACAUUUAGAUUGUGAAGGAAUUUGGGCCUGUAUUAGAAUCCUUUGUGGUAUGCUGCUCAGGGCAAAAAUAUGCUGUUUCACUUACAUGUGCAAGGAUCUGGUUCAUCUUUCUCAGUAAGAGAUUCUUGGUAAGAGGCAGGCCGUCACAACCACAGUGCUCUAAAUCAUGUGGAUUAUUGUAGAAAUUAAGUGUUAAAGUCACAGGAAUGUAGAAAAGUAAGGCGCACUGAAUGCUGAUAAAUUCACCCAUAUGAGACAUCUUAGAAAUACUGAAAGUAGAGCCAGUAGGAUGUAUUAUCAGUGGCUUUGCAAGCAUGCUACAGCUCAUGUGCACAAACUACCUUCCAUACGUAGAUUACAAAUAUGAAUAUAGAUAUCAGUGUGGUCGAUGAGCUGAAUGAGCAGCUCUCUGCAGAGCUGUUGCAACAGGAAGUGUGCUGUUUGUCAUCGUCAAGUACAAAACACUAAAUGUAUCCUUUACGUAGUAGUUGGAGUUGUUAAACAGUCUGAUAUCACAACAAAGCGAAAGACACUGCGUUUCCAAGAAACAGAGAUGUGGGUUGGUGCAGCUUCUUCCUAGAAGCUUUUCAUUGUUGUUGUGCACUUUGCAUGUACUUAUCUUUGAGUUAUUACUUAUUUGAAGGGGAAGGUGUAUUUCUCCAUUUUAUGUUCCUACAUGUCACCUCAGGCCCAGUGGUCUUUACAUUGACCUUUUUUUUUUUUUAUUAAUGUCUCAUUUUCAAUUAAAAUAGGAGACAAAAGCCACUGUGCAGCUGCUCAUCAUGGUAAUAUAGUAAAUAAAUGACAGUGGGUUAUAGUGACUGAGAUAAUGCACAGUGAAACCUGACAUUCAGUGUGUGCAGGAGUACCCUCUGCUGUUCACUGUGUUCGACCUUGUUCAUGAAUUCAUUUAACAGCAGCUCCAGUGUGUCCAUAAAUUGCAGGCACUAAAAGAACACUGCAUAGUUGAGAAAAAUGAAAAUUAUUUGAUCAGCUUGUGCUUGUUUUAUUUAUAACUGUUUUUUGUUGGUGUGUCAAAAUAUCUAUAAAAAUUUUCCAACUGUAACCACAGUCAUUAAAGUCCUGUCAUAUUCCACCUCAACGAUUACUUUCCAUCACUUUUAUGUUUGAUAAUAAAUGACUAGAGGGAUUGGACAAAUAUUAACACGAGUUAAAUAU